AUGAGUUCUAGAAGAUGUCGUUAUUAUUUAGCCGGUUACUGUAGAAAUGGAUUUCGCUGUCCUUUUCUUCACAUCGAUCCCUACGAUUCUCAAUGGACACAAAGAGUUCCUCCCCGUAGUACUAUGGUGUUACGAACAUGCCGCUUUUAUCGGAACGGUCACUGUGCUUUUGGUGACGGCUGCGAAUUUUUCCAUCCAAGUGGAGGAUAUGGUGUUCAAAAAUCGGAAAAAGGAGAAGUAGUAGAUGAUGAAAGGCCGAAUUCCCCUCCAAAUCUGCAGGACUUUUCUUCCAAUCAAACGCAUGAGUCAUUAUUGCAAGAAAAGGCAAAGGAUCCUGAAACUCUAGAAGACUUUGGUUAUCAGCCUGAAGAGGUGUUUUCGUGCGAAGAAAACCUCUCUGUCGAAGAAUUGGAAGCCUAUUUCAACGAAGGGGAAGAUGCCUUUUCGCACAUUCCCCUUUUACCUCCACCCCAGAAUUUGUGUUUGUAA